AAGCACCACGUAGCGGGAAGUAAAAGUGCCAUGUUGUCCAGCGGACAAGUAAUACAACAUGGCAGGAGCUAAGUUUCAAUACGAUGAAAGUGGAGGCACUUUUUUUUAUUUUUUAUUAUCGUUCGAAGCACUUGUUGUUAUUCCUUGUACUUAUUAUUUCUGGCCUAAAAAUGACAAAAGAGAUGAAGAAAAGAAGGAUAAAAAGCAGUGUCAUUGUGAACACUGUUCUAUAAAAAAUAGUUGUUUAAGAGCAAAAGAGCCAUUAAGAAAAAUAAAAAAGCGUCUUGUGAAAAUUUUAUUACUACUUGGUUGGGUAUGCUUAUUUGCUACUGCAUAUAAAGUUGCCCAUUUACAACAUGAUUAUGUGGCUUGGGAUCCAUUUGAAAUUCUCCAAAUUGAUCCAGCAUCCUCAAUGAGUGAAAUUAAAAAGGCUUAUCGUAGAUUAAGUUUGAUAUAUCAUCCAGAUAAAGAAACAGGAGAUGAGAAAAAAUUUAUGAUGAUUGCUAAAGCUUAUGCAGCUUUGACAGAUGAUGAAGCUCGAAAGAAUUGGGAAAUGUAUGGAAAUCCAGAUGGACCUGGAGCAACUUCAUUUGGUAUUGCUCUGCCAUCUUGGAUUGUUGAGAAAGAGAAUUCUGUUUGGGUUUUAGGAUUGUAUGCUUUAGUCUUUAUGGUUGCUCUGCCUGUAGCAGUGGGAAUAUGGUGGUAUCGAUCUGUAAAAUUUGGUGGGGAUCAAGUUUUAUUGGAUACUACACAACUUUAUUAUUAUUUCAUACAUAAAACUCCUUACAUGGUCCUUAAAAGAGUGAUAAUGGUACUUGCUGCAUCAAUGGAAUUUGAAAGGAGUCAUAACAGUGAAAUUAUUGAAAGACCAAGUGAUAAUUUUGAAGUUCCACAGCUUAUCAAAGAGCUACCAUUUUUAGGUGAAAAAAAUAGAGAACGUCCUUUAUGUUUUGGUUAUAGUAUCAAGGCCAGGGCAUUGCUUCAUGCUCAUUUAAGUAGGAUUAAAUUACCACCUAAUACAUUGGAUUUAGAUAGGCAGUAUGUUAUCAAAAAAUGUCCAUAUCUUUUACAAGAAUUUGUUCAGUGUGCUUCCCAACUUACAAUGUUAGCUCUAGCUGGAAGAAUUGCUAGAAUGCCAAAUUUAGAUACCUUAGAAAAUGCAAUGAAGGUAUGUUCUAUGAUUGUUCAAGCUCUUUGGGAUAAUAAAAGCCCAUUAUUGCAGCUACCUCAUAUCACUGAAGAUAUGCUUCGGCAUUUUACUACUCGAAGAAGAAAUAUUCGAAGUAUUCGUCAAUUAGCAUGUAUGGAAAAUAUUGAAAGGAGAGCAUUAUUGAGGAGUUUAACAGAUGAUCAAUAUGAGGAUGUUAUGAAUGUUUUAGCAGGUAUUCCAGUAAUUGAUUUAGAUGUCAGAUCUGAAGUUUUGGAUGAUGAAGAUUCCUGUACCAUCACUGCUGGUGCUAUGGUUACAGUGACAGUUACAUUGACUCGUCGAAAUAUGUCUACUAUUUUUGAUCAAGAACAAAAUAAUCAAGAACCAGAAAUAGAUGAACCAGUAGAAGAAAAUGAAAAUCAGCAACAAAAUGUAAUAGAACAUUCUCCUCACACACGGAAACCAAAAAUUUGGGAAAAACAAAAGAAAAAGAGAGGUGCUCCUGGAAGAGGUGGUAAAAACAAAAAGAAGCCUUCUGCAAAGCCUUCCUCAAAUUCUGCAUCAAAAAAGAUGGCAUCUCAACAACAGCAAACUAAUUCUGAUAAUAAAUCUUCAACAAAGCAUAAUGAAGAAAAAACAAGAAUUAGGGAUUCAGAAGAAAGUGGUGAAUCCGAUUCUGAAUCUGAUGCUGGUAGUAGUCAUUCUGGAUCGACGGGUGAUCAUGAUGAUGCUAGUGAAGAAAUAGGAUCUAAUAACAGAGAUCGUCAAGAUAAAGGAAACGAAGAAGAAGAUGAAGAAUGGGAAAAAUUUCAACAGAAAAUGGCAAAGAAAGAGAAAGUAUUAGAAACUAAAUCAAAGAAAUCUCAUAGUGUUCACUGUCCAUUUUUUCCAGAGGACAAACAAGAGUAUUGGUGGGUUUAUAUAGCAGAUAAGAAGAGACAUUCAUUGAUUACCGUCCCAUAUUUAAUGACCAACUUGGUAGAAAAGGAAGAAGUAGAAUUAAAAUUCACGGCUCCAGCAAAACCAGGAAUUUACCCUUAUUCUGUUAUUGUCCGAAGUGAUUCUUAUUUGGACUUUGAUGUAACAAAAGUUAUUAAGUUGGAUGUAAAGGAGGCAAAAGAAGUUGAUUUGAAUGAAGUGCAAUGGGAUAUUUCAGAAGAGGAGGAAGAUAAAGAACAAGAAGAAAGUGCAGUAGAAGAUUCAGAUUUGGCUACUGAUGACGAUGAUUUUGACGAAGACUAGAGAGAGAAUAUUGUUUGCAGCACUAUUUACAAAGAAUUUUUUGUAUGGACAAUUGUCAAAGUAUGUUUUAUUUUCAGGCAUUAUUUAAACUUUUCAAAAUGUAGUAGGAAGAAAUGUGUAAGAAGAAUAUUUUAUAUUUAAUUAUUUAAUCUGUUCAAAGAUUAACAUUCGAUAAAAUUCACAUCCAAAAAACAAGAAAGACGUAUUUUUUUGCAACUAAUGAACUAAAGACUUCAAAUUCGAACCUUGACGCUACAAUCAGUGUAGCCAAUCUAUGCCUCUAUUUUCUGAGGUUAUUUUAACACACAAAACUUGUCAGAGACAUUCAAAUUGUUUUCAACUUAAAAA